GUUGGAUCUGCGCCCUAGAUCAGGGACCUCCUCCCCUCCCUGCCCACAGCGGUGCGCCCCAAUAUUAGUAGAGAACAUGUGGAUUACUGGAAAGCAGAGGGGUUCGGUUUGCCUCACUACAUCCCCCUGCUGAUUCCUUAUCAUCCUUUGCAAUAAAGAGGAAAUGCGCUCCCAGAUCCCCAGCAGACCAAUGCAAAUAACAGACGCCAGCUUGAGGCGGACUUAUUUGACAGUGGAGAUGUCGAACUUUACGCACGGGUCUGUACCUAUCAACGAGUCGCUGGACAACUCAAGUGAAAUCAUUCUGCCAAUCUUUAUGUUUGCUGGCGGGGCCAUUGGGAAUCUGAUCGCGAUACUUGUCCUUUCUGUGUCCCGACAGCAGAAAAAGACCUCCGCCUUCUUCUCGUUGGUGCGCGGUCUGGCUGUGACGGACCUCCUAGGGACCUGUUUGGCCAGCCCGCUCACAAUAGCCAACUACAUGGACCACCAUGUGCUGCACGACCACCGCGUCUGCGAGUUUGACUCCUUUCUGUUGCUGUUUUUUGGUUUGACCGGACUGAGCAUCAUUUGCACCAUGGCAGCAGAACGGUAUCUGGCCAUCUGCUGUCCCUACAGAUACCAGCGGUGGGGGGUGGACAGCCGCUUUGCGCAAAAGUUCCUUCUCUUCAUUUACAUCAGUCACAUUUUAUUCUGCUGCCUCCCCAUGAUGGGCAUAUCGAGGAGCGAGCUGCAGCCGCCCGAAACCUGGUGCUUUAUUGACUGGAAGACCCCCGAGCCUGUAGCUGCAGCCUAUGCGGUUCUGUACGGGGCCGUGAGCCUGCUGCUCAUCCUCGGCACCAUCGCGCUCAAUCUGGCGGUGUGCGGAGCGCUGCUGCUGAUGCGCCGCAGAACCGUGCAGCGGAACUUUAGCAGAGCCAGCGUCAGGCAGAGGUGGAGGGCGCUGUCCACGGCCGCGGAGACGCAGAUGAUCGCAGUGCUGGUGAUGACCUCCGCGGUGGUCCUGGCCUGUUCGGCUCCCUUGGUGGUGCGCAUUUUUGCCAACCGCUUCCAGAAUGACCAAAAGGCAGAUCUGACAGCCAUCCGGAUCGCCUCGUUGAACCCCAUCCUGGACCCCUGGAUCUACAUCCUCCUCAGGAGAUCCCUGUUUCGACGUUUGCUCAGUCUAUCCAGGAGAUGCGACAGCCCCACCACUAUUUGCCCGCCUUCUCCUCAAAGUGAUCUGCUCUGUCCUGAGAUCAUGAAGCAGAACCGCGUGUUUAUUCAGCUGAUGUGCAAUGCACACAUCAUCACUCAGCUGCCUGCUUCUGUCAGCUUCACACCAUCUAACGCUGAGAUCCUCGGCCAGACUUGAGGCUCUGCAGAAUCAGUGGAUUUUAGUUACAAGCAGCUGUAAGGAAGCAGAACGACUCUCUAUAAAAAUUCGAUACUGUGACUAGAGACACAGUUAUUAUCAGAAUCUGCUUUAUUUACAUUAAUGCAGACAGAUGAAGUAUAAAUAUGCAAAAGAAAUUAUAAAAAUAUAUAUUUUUUAAAUAUAUAAAUAUUUACAAAUGUACAAAUGUGAGUAAUGUUAACGUGGACAUUCUGAAUUCUAAGUUUUGUUGGAGAGACUUUCUGGAGGAAAAACUGUCUCUGUGCUGGAUAUGUCUUUGUUAAUGUUACUCUGUUGUGCAGACAUGACCUCUACCAGACUGGGGAGAAGAUUAUCCCCUAUUAUGCUCUCCACAGAUCUGAUUGUUUGUUGGACUUUGGACCUCUUCAGUUUUAUUUCCACAAAGGGCAAUAAAAAGAAAAGUCUGAAUAAGAAUUCCUAUAGAAGGUUAGCUUCUUAGGUUGUUGCAAAAAAUACAGUCUCAUGUCGGCCUCCU